AUGGCCGACAACGACAGUGACAUCCCCACCAUCGACGCCAUCUUUGUCGUCCGCUUCGACACCCGCCAAGGAAACGUCCUCGAGUGGAGCGACUCUACACCAGGAAUUCAGCUCACCGGGGUAGAGUUUUCGGCACUUCCAAGUGGACUCCACACUACCUCACAGGAUGUUAUAUAUUUUCAAUUGGAAGGAUGUGUGGGCGUAGCCGUCUUCAAAAACACACCAGCAGACCGCGAAGAGCAUCGGGGCGCAAGGAUGAUUUCUGUGGGAGUCCUCGUCAAACCAUCUGCGGAUACUGGACGUUGUGGCCAGGUCUGGCGACACAUUGACUUUUUGAAGAGUCGAGCUGGACACCAUGUUAUUGAAGGCUCGGACACGGCGGACUUGUCUGACUACUUCACGACCCACAAAACACUAGCACCUACGGCACGACCAUCUUCAUCAUCAUCCAGCAAACGGGAUUCGUACAGGGCUCUGGGUCGACGUAGGAUCAGUCGCUCGUUCACUCUUUCAGAACCCAUCCAGGCCAUCCAGUCAGCGCCAGGGGGAAUGCCAGAGAACUCUGAUGCGGAUGAAAUUCCUUUGUCGCAUCCCUCACACCAAUUCCUUCAACUGGUCGAAUCCUUCGGACCAUCUGUAUAUACCCUUUGGAAAGCCGCCCUGUCCAGGAAACGCAUCCUCAUCUAUACCCCACCUCCCAUCGAGUCUACCUGCUUAGCCGUGUACAAUAUUUGCUUGAUGGCAACGAUACCAUCAGGAGAGAUUUCGUUAGCGCAAACUAGAUCAAACGAGCGGCUCCAACCAUUGUUCUGUGUCGGGAUCCAUGAUAUCGACCACAUGUCCAGCGUCAGCGGCGGAUUCGUUGCAUGUACGACGGAAAAGCUGUUUUUGUUCAAGCUUCACCUGUUCGACCUCGUCGUCGAUCUUUCAACGUCUUCAGGAAGUGCUGUUGUCUAUACAUCGCCCAAAGAAGCACACCCACGUCUCUCAAUAGUCAAGGAAGUCGGUGGAGAGUACGCACUGGAGGCCACAGAACCCUACAUGGCCGACCAUCGUCGAUACUUUGCACUCAUGCAGCAGUUGGCGAGAUAUCAACGACGACAGGACUGGAUGCAGAAGCGACUUGUGGAGGAAAUCUCUGAAGCGGAGGCCAACCGAGAUGGGGGUAGCGGUAGCGAUGCAAUGACAUUAGAGGACCCGGAUCAUCAUCGUGAUGGAAGUAGCGGCGGUGGUGGUCAUCGACAGGGCUCAGGAUCCAGUAGCAGUAGUACUGGAGGGUUCAACAUGUCGGAUACUCUGGGAAUGAUGCUGACAGGUGGAUGGUGGUGGUGGUAUGGGAGUGAUGAUGCCGAGGUGGAGGAUUAUGAACCGUUGAUUCCGAAUAAGUCUGUGCCGGGUCAGGGUCAGCAGGACGGAGACGAUCAACGUCGCAAUGGAACUCGGAUUCAGGUCUUGCAAAUGCAAACCAGUGGCAGUUCAUCUACCGAGGCCAUCAGAUGCUUCCACAACCUGACAAGGACAGUUCUCUUAGAAAUGAGUCGACUGAUCGCGUUCAAGGCAACGGCGGCCAUCUUUGAUGACCCAAUCGAGUCCUCCUUCUCAUCCGAAAGAGGAAGCGCAGACGAGACAACUGUUGCCUCUGCUUCUCAUACCGCCGCUGCACCUCUGCAGCUGAGUCGACACGAUGUGCAGCAAUUGGGUCUGGAUCUGUCGAGGGAGGGCAAGUUUGUUGAGGAACUAAGCCAUAUCUACUUUAAUGCAGAUGUUCGAGUUCAGGACGGGCUGUUGCGUGGAUGGAUUCAGAGUCUUGGUGGUUGCUGUAGUUCGAACCACACUGCAUCUUGUUGUCAUCUCUGUGGAUAG